AUGCUAACAGCUUCCAAAGAUGACAUGGAGCUGUUGCAGUCCGACACACAACUGGGAGACUUCAAGAGGUCGAAAAGCGAUCCUGUCAUGGACACCCUUUUGAGGGUCGUUCAGUACGACGAGAGCGAUACCGAGGUUUGCUACAAGUUUUACGAAGAGGAGAACUCUGGAGCGCUGGAAUAUAACUACCAUGACUUUUCUCAUUCGACAUGGCAUGAUUUUACAAGGGAAAAAACACCAAUACCGCCAACAAUUGAAAAGCACACGUGCGAUGACAUUCGCAUAUGCCUUCCCAUUCACGCUGGGCUAUGCUAUAGUCUCAAAAGAUGCGUUUCAGGCAUUGUAUCCGGUUGGGGGUUCACAUCAAAGCCACGAGAACCGUACCACUACUAUCUGACGGAGGCAAUGAACGGGAUUCUGUGUGGAAUGACAAUGUUGCCAGAGGUUAUUAGUUUUUCAUUUAUCGCUGGGAUUCCAAUCCAGGUUGCUCUCCAUGGAAGUUGGAUUCUCUGUCUCUGCGCAACAAUAUUUGGCGGAUCCCCCGGAAUUGUCACCGGAGUUAGCGGAGCGUUUGCAGCUGUGGCAGGCCAAUAUUCUACAGUUUGUUCUCACGGCGGUGACGUUAUACGACAUGGUCCGGAAUAUCAAAUGUGUCUAGCCCGCAUGCUUUUGGCGGUUAUGCUAGCUUCAAUACUGCUUUUGAUAUUUUCCUUCAUUCACAUGGCGAGUUUGAGCCAAUUUUUAUCAACUUCCGUCAUCAUUGGUUACAGUAACGGAUUAGCGCUCAUUAUUGCAAGGGCGCAGCUGCAUGGAUUCCAGAAUUUUGACACUGGGGAAUAUUUGCGAGGCAGGGAGCUAUAUAUAUCCAUACUAUACUGCAUCAUCGCAUUCCUAAUUGUCCAGUUUUCUAACAAAAUACCAAGAAUUGGCAAGUACAUACCAUCCGCACUUGUGGCUGUGGUCGUUGUAAUUAUAAUACACUAUGGAAUUGUCAUUCAGGUGGCGCCAGAGAUCAAAAUUUCAACAAUUGGUAGCGUAGCUCGGCUCUCCCGCGAUACUUGCAUCCCACAAUUAUUCUUCACAACGUAUUGGGAUAAUUUGAAGGUGUUAAAGUUUGACAUGGAGCUGGUUAAGCAGGUUUUAACCUUUACUGGGAGCAUAAUGUUAGAGGCCUUGAUUAUUGCAGAUAUUGUUAAAACGCUGGGUGCAAAUGAGCCAAAUUCUAAUCAGCAAUUUUUUGGACUAGGAAUUGGAAACCUCUUUAGUUCCUUUCUUGGAAGCAUGGGAGGAAGUUCCAUGGUUGGUAUCACAAUUAUGAAUUUCAAGAGUGGUUCCAAGGGCAAGGAAUCUUCCCUUUCUACCGCCUUGUUUAUAUUUGCCAUGAUGCUUGGAGGAUAUCCAAUGCUCAACUAUAUACCAAUCCCAUCACUCUGUGGAAUUAUGUUUUCAGUUUCUUGUCACUGUUUCAAGUGGUUUAGUAUACCAAUGAUAAUAUGCAGUGCUCUCCCGCAACGGGUGCGCAGUUUACAUCCAAGGAUGAAGAUGAAGAUAUCUAGAUAUGAUGCUAUAAUCAUUCUUUCAGUCACGUUGAUGUGUCUCUUUUUUAUAGUCCCAGUUGCGGUGUUUUUUGGCAUGGUAUUCGCGGCUUUUUCCUAUGUCUGGGAGAGCAAGUCAAAGUUCAAGGUGGAAAUUUAUGUAGACAAGGAGGCAAACAUAAAGUACUAUGAGGUUGAGGGUAACAUUUUCUACGCCAGUAAGCGUAUGCUUACGCGAGUAUUUACUCCUCAAGAGGACCCGCAGACAACCGUAAUCGUCUUUUUGGCUAGCACCAGCCUAUUUGAUUACACUGCAAUCGAGGCGCUGAAUUCACUAAAGGCUGAAUACGCAUCAUACAACAAAUCCCUACUCAUAAAGGGUCUGAGCCACGGAUGCAUCAAAAAGGUUGCAAAGAUGAACCACUUGUGUAGACAUAUGGAACACGAUCUCGUUAAGCUCGCGACUCCCAAUCUACCUACUCUCUAUACACCCUUUUUUAAACCACACGUGAGUUUGUCUUUGAUAUAUUGGCAAUUUUGCAGACUAACGACUAUUCUAGUGACGCUAAAUGAUACAAAUACUCGCCAUUUACACGAAUAG